AUGGCACCUAGACUUCCUCCUCCUCCUCCACCACAGACCAAUGAGCAUGAUGUGCCCAAUAACACGAGGCUGUUGGAAUCUGUGAUCGAGAAGCUACAAGAGCAGAAUGCUGUUCUGAUGCAGCAGAACGCGACUAAUUCACAAAAUCUCGAAGCUGCUCGCGCCAAUUCUGAAAUGACUCAGAGACAACUAAUGGAGAUUCUUGCAGCUACUAGGGGUACGCCGGGAGCAUCUGCUUCGAAUGCUACUCAUCAGGUUGAGUGGACUUUGGAGAGCUCUUUGCAGCAUCGCCCUGCGAGGUUCGAUGGGAAGUGCCCUCCUGACGGAGCUGAUCAGUGGAUAAGGGACAUAGAACAGAUCUAUGAUGCCAAGGAAUGUCUGAACGAUAGAAGAAUGGCAUUCACUGAAUAUUUAUUGACUGGAGAGGCCAGUCAUUGGUGGUCGACUGCGAAGAUGUUGCUAACAGAAUCUCACAGCCCUAUUUCCUGGAAAGUCUUCAAGGAAAAGUUUUAUGAGGAGUAUUUUCCGGAUAGUGUUCGUUUCGGCAAAGAAGUGGAAUUUCUCCAGUUGGUGCAAGGUAACAUGACUGUUUCUGAGUACACCAACAGGUUCAAACAUCUGGUUCGCUUUAAUACCCUUGCCGCCAGUGAAGUGUGGCAGUGCAGGAAGUUUGAAAAUGGACUGAGGAGUGAUCUUAAGGUAUUGAUAUCCAGCCUCUGCAUUAAGUCUUUUCCUGCCAUGAUUGAGAGAGCAAAAGUGUUAGAGAAAAAUGUGGCUGAAGCAGAACGACUGAAGAAGCAGCAACAACCAACUAGAGGGCCAAUCAUGUCCAGGCCGAAUAUGAAUCGGAACAGGUUGCCGUAUGCUCGUCCAGCACAACCAUCAAAUUCUCAGGCUAUGGUUGUUGCCGGACAGUCUGGACAACAUGGAUCAGUCAGAUGUUUUAAGUGUGGAGGACCACACUAUCGAUCGUCGUGUCCUUUGUUGGAGGGAGCAAAAUACUGUACUCGCUGCAGAAGAAAUGGUCACAUGGAGCACGAGUGUAAUAUGGGCAGACGUGCAGUAAUGAGGCCGCCAAAUGCCGGGAGGAUGCAACAGGAUCGGGGUGGAAGAGCACAAGCGGUUGGUCGUGUUUAUGCUAUAACAGGCGCCGAAGCUGCCAGUUCAGAGGUUGAAGGACGUAACUAUAAGGUAAACCUCAUCUGCCUACCCCUAAAGGAUUUAGAAGUGAUCCUAGGAAUGGAUUGGUUGGCUGCCAAUCGCAUUCUUAUUGACUGUGGUGCAAAGGAAUUGUGCCUGGAUUACCUCCUCCACGCGAGGUAG